CUCAAAGAGGGAAGACAGACAAGAUGUUCGUCCUGAGAGAUUUACGUGUUUUCAUCCCGUGUGUGGUUCUCCUCAUCGUCCAGUCCAGCCAUGGUUCUGAGAUUAUUGAAGGAAAAGAAGUAAAGCCACACUCGCUGCCUUUCAUGGCUCUGCUGCAAACGAAUGUCUGUGGAGGGAUACUCAUUGAUCCAAAAUGGGUCCUGACCGCUGCCCACUGUGAUAUCAUUACGGAAGUGGUGCUGGGGGUGCACUCCAUCGAUGCAAUGGAAACUAACUCCCGGCAGGUCCUAAGGGUAAAGAAAAGAUAUCCUCAUCCCUUCUAUGAUAAGAAAACACACGUCAAUGACCUCAUGUUGCUUCAGCUUGACAAACCAGCGAAGGAAACCGGGACAGUGAAAUUUCUCAAGUUGGGCGAUUCCAUCAAAGACCCCAUGGCUGGGAACAAAUGUCUGGUGGCUGGAUGGGGAAUAACAGAGAGCGGGAAAAUGUCUGAUGUCCUGAUGUCCGUUAACGUGAUUGUGGUCGACCGAAAGAAGUGCAACUCUUAUUACUACUACAACCACGACCCUGUCAUCACUGAUAGCAUGAUAUGUGCUGGUUCGAAUGGUAAAAACCAUGCAGAUACUUGUCAGGGGGACUCAGGAGGGCCGCUGUUGUGUAAUGGAGCGCUGGUUGGAGUCACUUCUUUUGGAAAGGGGUGUGGCGUGAUCAACAAACCAGGAGUGUACGCGUUUCUCACACCAAGUCACCUCACAUGGAUUAAGAACACAAUGAACAGGGGUGCAAUGUGAGCUCUGCCUCACUUUGAGUAUCCUCCGCUCGUUGAUGCUCAUUUAUUAUUUUAGAUUUGCAAUCAGUGGCUUCUUUUCUGCUUUUCCGUAUUAGCAUCCCCAGCUGGCCUUCUUUAUUUUGCCUCCUCCAAAACCAAAUAUAUUGAUGAAAAUGUGUAGAUGGACAUUUGUUUUUAACAAGGCUCAAAUGAAAUGAUUAAUUCCACAGAGUUUAAGAGAGGCUAAUGUCUAGUUACAGAUAAUUAGAUUCAGUUACAACUAUUGCAUCCUUUGUGUAGGUAAUAAUGAUCAUGUUUACAUGGUCAAUACUCCGUCAUCUAUUAUCAUAUAUCAGUCAAAGUGGUUCUGCCCACCCUUGAGCUUCAAUGUGAUAGAAAUAUCAAUCUCAUAUAUAAACCACGGGCCUCAGAAACACUGACGUUGAGUUAAUAAAAGGUUGGUAUUCCUCAGGGCAGUUGCCUUGGACCACUGUUUCACUCUGUUUAUGUGAAAGAUCAACAUACAUGAAGCCAAUUAGAAAUGAAAAACCUUUUAUUGUUCAUGUAUGACCCAUUGCUUCCUUAUUGCAUGUGAACUCUUUGAGACGCAUUAUUAUUUCACAUCCUAAUUGCAUUAAAGCUUUGUCAUUCAAUC